GACGACUUCCUCGGCUUGCAAAUGAAUUGCAGCCUUUUUUGCCAGUACUUUGUGACCUCUGAACUCUUGGGUUUGCCAGCUCUCCGCCAUAUUGGCUGUUGUCUUGGCUGGGGAAGGCAAGCAAGGCUGUCGGUUUAGGAGUUUACGAAUGUGUUGGAUUUUGCUCGAGUGAAAACGAUACCAACUGGACCGGAAGACACAGAGAACAUUUCCAACAUGGCCAGAAAAAAAAGCAAACAGCAGGGGUCCGGGAAUAAGGAACUGGGUGCAGGGCAGCAGAGCCUUGUGAAGAAUCCCAUCUCUCCCGCAGAUGCAUCUGGCGGCGGCGGCGGCGGAGGAGGAGCAGGAGAUACCGGAGCAGACAGGCUAGCCAAAUCGAACCAGCCUCUGCCAGUUGCAGCUGCCCAAUCUUUGCAGACCUGCUGUCUGUUGUGUCAUCGAGAGCGCAAAGAGUGGGGAUCAAGUCCCAUAAAUGGGCCAUCUGGUGCAGGGCUCAAAUUGGGUGAUGCCUUUCCACAGGACUUUUUAGGAGACAUUCCAGGCAGGAAGCUGGCAGAUGCUGUUCUGGGUGAGGUUCCUCUUUGGAUCUGUCAAAGUUGCCGAAAAAGUGUUGAAGAUGAGGAAAGAAGAGCAGCACAAGAGCAAGCACUAGCAGUAUCCUUGUCACACUCUACUUGCAAGACACAAAACUGUGGGAAUGGAUAUCCAGAUCAUGUCAGUUCUGUAGAUUGGGACCCAAGCUCAUUCUUGUCGGCUCAUAAAUUGUCUGGCUUGUGGAACUCGACGCAUACCAAUGGUAGCACCUACUGCAACCAUGGAUCUACGACGCACACACAGCAGGCUAGCACCAUGGGACCAUCAUGCCAUGAUAAAAGACCUCCUCAUGAGGCUCCAGGCAAAACGGCAAAGUCUCCUGGGACCAAAGUGUGCCCUUAUAGCCAUCCAGCAUCUCAGAAUUCUGGUACAGCAUCUCCUGGUUCUCCCAUCUCUACCUCUGCUGAUUUGUGUAAGAACACCCCCAAGCACUUCAAGACUAUGUGCCGCAGACCCACGCCUCCUGGUGAAGCCUUUCAUUCUUCUGAACACCAUCAGCACUCGGACCUAGCAGUGCCACCAAACAGUCCAACUGGUCUUUCUGCACAGCAUUCCGCUAUUCCUCUACCCAGGCAGAUGUCUAGUCAGCAUGUUCAUGUAACUUCUUCCCCUGGGAUGGGCACACAUGUUCCUUUUAACCCUUUGGUACCAAACCUCCAUGUGCCAGUAUCAAAGAUGGCAGCUGUGCCGGACACUCCUGCCUCCUCCAUACAUAAGCCUGGAACCUGCAAAAACACCCACAUUCCUACUGCAAAUACAGCACACCCAAAAGUGCCACCCCCAACAACAGCAUGCAGUCAUCCAUGCAAUGGACAUAGUAAUGGCACCGUUGCACCUUCAAGUACAGCACAUUUACCUUCUGUUGCCUGCAGAGAUCAGACUUGCAAAAGUCACAAACUCGCAAACUGCACUUCGUGUCACCCACCCUGUGAGCUGGAGGAAGGGCUGGGCGAAGAUGAGGACUCCAGCUCUGAAAGAAGCUCUUGUGCUUCUUCAUCUAACAAUCAGAAGGAUGGGAAGUACUGCGACUGCUGCUAUUGCGAGUUCUUUGGCCAUAAUGCGCCACCUGCUGCCCCAACAAGUCGGAACUAUGCAGAAAUUAGAGAAAAGCUUAGAUCGCGGUUGACUCGGCGAAAAGAGGAGCUCCCCCAGCGGCAGGAUUCUGACUUGACUAUGCCUAGUGCCAUAGAUCACAGAGAUGUGGAUGAACUGCUUGACUUCAUCAAUAGUACUGAGCCCAAGCCUGUUAAUAGUGCUAAGGCUGCCAAACGUGCACGCCACAAGCAAAAAAAGAAGGAAAAAGAAAAGGCUCAGCAGUGCAGCAUGGACCGCCAAAGGCCAGAUGUACGCUUACCUCCUCCUGGCCAGCAGUCUAAUGAAGCAGUUACUGGAGACGGUGAAAGUGAUAGGGUGCUUGAGUGGCCUCAGAGGGAGCUGGAGAGAGUCAACAGUUUUCUAACUAGUCGGCUUGAAGAAAUUAAAAAUACCAUUAAAGACUCAAUCAGGGCCUCUUUUAGCAUGUAUGACCUCAACUUGGAUGUAAAUGACUUUCCUAAGAAAGCGGCCACACUUGAUAGCAACCAUUUGCUCUCACAUAUUAAUGGUUCCUCUGACCAGCAGCAAAUUGACUUAGACCUUUCACCACUGACUCUAGGUAGCCUGAAAAACCAUCUGGUCAAUGGCAGGGAGGACCCUGUUUCAGAAGACUGCAGUGCCAGUGAUGAUGUCCGGAGGCUGAAUGCCACCCCAAAUCUGUCCAAACUUAUUCGUGUACGUACACCAGAAAGGAACCACAGUCCUACAAACUCAUCUUCUCUUACAGCCUCAUCUUCGUCAUGCAUGAAGAACAAAGAUGACUGUUCUGACUCUAAAGAAACCACAGUAACUGGAAACAGUGGGAAGCUGAAAAAAGGCAAAAAACAGCAGUCAUCAAAGGUCAACAAGUUCGUCCCAGGGAUGGAAAGUCAGAAAGCUAAAGAUCAACUGUUCAAGAUUUCUGAAACAGGAUGCAGCUCAAAGCCUAACUUAAAAUCACAAGUCCAAUGCCUAACAGCCUCUGUGGAGCUUCCAAGGAGCCCAGCAAUGGCAGUUAAGGGUUUAAAUGGCAGCUUGGACUCUAGUGGCUGCAGGCAGCUAGAAAGGAACUGUGCUGAGACUCGAGACACAAAAGGAGGACCCAAGGGAGGUUGUGUACCAGAGAUGAAAUCUCAUAUUUCGACAGUUCAGGCCUGUCAGCAGUCUAAGAACAAGAUCAAAAAGAACAAAAAUAAGGUGGACAGGUCCAACAGCUCUAUAGAUGACGUGUUUCUCCCCAAAGAUCUGGAUGGGACCGAAAUGGAUGAAAUAGAUCGAGAAGUAGAAUAUUUCAAAAGAUUUUGCCUCGAUUCAGCUAAACAAACGCGGCAGAAAGUAGCUGUGAAUUGGUCCAACUUCAGCCUCAAGAAAGUUGCCUGAAAUGCAGCUCCUCGUGCACAAGACUAUUGGUACUCCUCUCUUCUAUAGAGUUCCUACGCAGUGACCUGAUUGAAGACAGACCUUCUGUCGGCACUUAAUUUGCCCUAAACAAGAGCUUCUACUCCACAUGUUUCCCACAUUUAACGUGUACACCGCCUUGAAACCUGGACAUGCUUGCCUGUUAUGGUUGAGCUUUAAGGACUUGAGUAUUUAUGGCCAGUUUCUUCACUAUUCUCUACAUUCAUGUUUUUCGUCCUCCAGUUUGGUUAAUGGGAAUGCAAUGACUGACCUAGUAUUCAUUGGUGAAGCCUGUUCUUUGAUCAGUAGCUUACUGUUAUUGUUUAAAAUAUCUAAUUGACUGUCCUUCAGAGGUGGGAGCAGGAGCAUGCUGAUGCCCUUCAUUUUAAUGCUGAAUUCAUGUUUUUUUUAUCUUCUCUGUACAAAAUAUUGAAAAGAUUGCUAUACUUGGGUGUUAAUAGUAUAGUUUUUUUAAUUUAUUUUUUCUUUUUGUUCCUAGUCUAUAAAAGACAGAAGCACACAUUUCUUAAAACUUUGUUUUUCCCAUGUUUCAGGCAUCAUUAUUUUGUGUUUUUUAUUCAGUCUAAUUUAAAAUUGAGUAUUUUUUAAAUUUAAAGUGUUUAGUUUUAUGGAAGAAAGAAAAUAUUUAAACUUGCCCAAUGAAUAUCCAUACAUAGUUUUGUUUUGAAUAUGUUUUCCCAGGUGGAGGUUUUAGCCUCUCAUGUA